UGCAGCGCGAGCCUCUGCCUGCUCCAGCUGGACGCGCGAGGUUGCUGUAUCCGUCGCCCUUGACCGUCACCAUGAAACUUGUCCUCUGCUCCCUGGUGCUGGGGUGUCUCGCUUCUGCGCUAGCGGCUCCUCAGUCCCAGCCAGUCCGCUGGUGUCUCAAGUCUGCGGCAGAGAAGAAGAAAUGCGACGCCCUUGUCAAGGCGUCCCCCCGCUUCUCCUGUGUGCAGAAGAGCUCCACGUUGGACUGCAUUAAAGCAAUUAAGGAAGCACACGCUGAUGCUAUUACCCUGGAUGGUGGGGACGUUUAUGAAGCUGGUCUCAAAAACUACAACCUUCAUCCAGUCGUAGCAGAGGACCACGGUCCAGGUUCAGACACCUGUUACUAUGCUGUUGCCGUGGUGAAGAAGGGCAGCGGGUUCAGCUUCAGUGACCUGAAAGGGAAGAAGUCAUGUCACACAGGUCUGGGCAAGUCGGCGGGCUGGAACAUCCCCAUCGGUACCCUGGUGUCCAUGGGCCUCACGGACUGGAAGGGAGCAGAGGAUGAGCCCAUUGAGAAGGCUGUCUCCAGGUUCUUUUCGGGAAGCUGCGUCCCUGGAGCAGAUAAAUCUCUUUACCCUGGGUUAUGCAGCCAGUGCAAAGGUGACUGCAGCCGCUCUCAGAAGGAGCCGUACUACGACUAUAGUGGAGCUUUCCAAUGCCUGAAGGAUGGAAAAGGAGAUGUGGCAUUCGUGAAGCACCUCACAGUCCCAGAUUCUGAAAAGCCCAAUUAUGAGCUGCUGUGCAAAGAUGGCACCAGGAAGGCCAUCAGUGAGUAUGCGUCCUGCCACCUGGCACAAGUCCCAGCACAUGCUGUUGUCAGCCGAAAGAGUCCAGCCUUGGCCAAAAGAAUCUGGGAGAGUCUUGAGGAUGCCAAGAGCAAAUUUAGUCUCUUCAGGUCUGAUGCAUAUGGAGGAAAAGACCUGGUGUUCAAAGACUCCACACAGAAGCUGGUUCACCUGCCUGAGACCAUGGACUCCUUCUUGUACCUUGGAGCGGAAUACAUGAGUGUCAUCCGGUCCCUGAAGGGAGAGACAAUCGGCAAGUCCCGCUCGGGGGCCGUGCAGUGGUGCACCACGGGUCACUUCGAGAUGAACAAGUGUGACGACUGGGCCAUCAACAGCGUGGCGGCCAAGAGCCGCACGAGAGUGGAGUGUGCGAGGGAGGCGACGGUGGAGGACUGCGUGAAGAAGAUCAUGCGUGGAGAUGCAGAUGCCAUUUCUUUGGAUGGAGGGGAGAUCUAUUCUGCAGGGAAGUGUGGCCUGAUACCCGCCAUGGUAGAACAGUACGAUGCAGAUCAAUGCAAAGUAUCAGGAGCGACAGGCUCUUACUUUGCAGUGGCUGUGGUAAAGAAAGGCUCAGGGCUCACCUGGAAGACUCUGAAAGGAAAGAAAUCAUGCCACACUGGAAUAGGACGCACUGCAGGAUGGAAUGUGCCCAUGGGUCUAAUUCAUAAAGAGAUCCGCAGUUGCAACUUCUCGGACUACUUCAGUCAGAGCUGUGCUCCCGGGGCAAAGAAAGGCUCCAGCCUCUGUGCUCUGUGUGUUGGCAGCGGUAAGAAAGUUGGAGAGACAAACAAAUGUGUCGCCAGCAGUGAAGAGAAUUAUUAUGGAUACACUGGAGCAUUCAGGUGUCUGGUGGAAGGCGGGGGAGAUGUUGCCUUUGUGAAGCACACCACUGUGGAGGAGAACACUGCAGGCCGUAAUCCUGCUGACUGGGCCAAAAACCUGAAGGCAUCUGACUUUGAGUUGCUGUGUCCCACUGGGCCUCCAGUCGCUGCUGUAAACCAGUAUAAAACCUGCAACCUGGCGCAGGUGCCCUCCCACGGUGUCAUGGUUCGCCCAGAAAGCAGAAGCAAAGUUAUCGCUUUUCUGAAUGAACAGCAGGAACUCUUUGGAAGGGGCAAAAAAGGAAAUUUCACUUUAUUUACAUCAACUGAAGGCAAGAACCUUCUCUUUAAAGACACAACGCAGUGUCUCCAAGAAGUUCCCCUGGGACAAACCUCUAAGGAAUUCCUUAAGACAGAUUAUUAUGAUGCAGUGACAAAACUCAGCGAGUGCGAAACCUCAGAACUCGUGAAAAGUUGCACCUUCCACACCUGUCAGAAGCAUUGAAGUGGAGCUCUACCAACCCUGCAAGAAAGCUGCAAGAAACCACUCCCAUAAGCAUCAUGGAGUGGUUUGUUUUGCUGAAAUUAGUUGUCCGGUAGAAAAUAAAAACAUAAAGCAUUUUCCAACGCU